GUCGGAGCAACAAUUAAAUUUCGGAAAAGGAAAAGAAAAGAAAAGAAGAAAAAAGAAUCGAUCGAAAGAGAUGCACAGUUGGGCGCAGCGCCUGUUGGCUGCGGCGACAACGGCAGCCGUCCUACUCGCCGCCGCAUGCGCGGCCGCCUCCGCGCUCGAUGCCUUCCACGCCCCCUCCGUCCAUGCCCGCGCCCAUGUUACAAAGAUAAACCGGUUCCACAAAAAGAUCAAUGGGAAUGACAAGGUGACGUUGACCUUCAAUGUGUCUGCAAAUUUGGAGUCACUAUUCACCUGGAACACAAAGCAGGUCUUUGUCUUUCUGACAGCUGAGUAUGAGAACUCGAAAAAUUCCCUGAACCAGGUUUCGUUAUGGGACCAUAUUAUACCAGACAAAGACCACGCCAAUCUGCAACUGGAGGUAAAGAGCAAGUAUCCUCUGAUUGACCAGGGAAGCAGUUUGCGUGGGAAGAAAAUUCACCUUGUUCUCCACUGGCAUAUUAUGCCAAACGCCGGUGCGAUGAUUCGAGAUCGGAUGGCUCUUUCAGAGUUCAAGCUGCCUGACACCUAUACUUCUUGAAGCCAAAGCUCUACUGCUCUGCCCCGUCUGAUGAAUUCUGUGGUCGGCUCACAAUUGUAGAUCUGGGAACAAUCCCCUAAUGAGACAUUCACUGCAUUCAUCGCACUGCCCAUUUCUAAUUUGGCAUCCACAAUUGGUCAAACGACAUAAGAUCGUCUGAUUCAUAUGAAACGCUGACAUUUGUACUACACAUGGAAUAUUGAUUUUCGAUCAAACAUUCAA